CGGACCACGAUAGCUUUCCAGAGUUCUAGGCAGAGAUCUGGUUUGGUGCACCUGAGCCCCUGAGAGGAGUACAAGCGAGGAUGAUCAUGGAGCAAGUGGCAGAAUCUUCCCCACUGCCGCGAUCCUCCCCAACUAAACGAUCGUUUGACGUCGCGUUCCUCACCGGGGCUCGUGACGAUCAACCACUUCUUCCAAAUUCUCCCCAACGAUCGCCGACCACAUCACCGCAAAUACACACGCCAGUAUCCCCUUCUUCGAAUGCCUCCGCGUAUCAACCUAGUUCCUCUCCAGACGAGCCUCAGACCUCCCAGCAACGUCUUGGUAUUACUGCGCCCACACCUUCCAAAGUUACACGCACCCACGACGUCCCGCAACCGUCUGACUCUGACACACUUCCAUCGAGCGCCUUCACUAAAGUGUCUCGCACUUCAGAAUGUUAUACGUCGAAACUUACUCUGGAAAAUCCUGCGCUACCUUCCAACCCGUGGGCUAAUCCAGCGAUAUCUCUUAACGCUGUCACGUCUUUUUUGAGUGGUAAUAAAUCUCUCGCUCCACUUCUGGCAUCAUCGGGAAUUUUUCAUCCAUCCUUAUCACCGUUACUACCUCCUGAACGAAUUAAUAGUAAUAUAGUAGAAGAAUAUCUCAAGUCCCAUCAUAAUUCCAUCACGAACAAAUCGUCUCUGGAGAACCAAAUGUCCCCUGCGGAGGCGCUGUCGCGAUUACGAUCGUCAAUGUACAGCGCCGACCCGUACAAAAUGCCAUUUGGGUCACUAGGAUACCCAGCGACGGUCCCAUCCGCACCAGCUGCUCCUAAAAUGAACCCUGUUCCCUUUAUUGCUCAGAAUCCUGUGGCUGCAAUGAUUCCUAAUGCCUUAUCGACGCUAAGUUUGGCCUCGCAGAACGUAUGCGCAAAAUGUAACCUGUCCUUCAGGAUGACGUCGGAUUUAGUUUACCAUAUGCGAUCGCAACAUAAAAGGGAAGAAGAUCCUUACAAAAAGCGAAGGAAUGAUCGACUCAAGUGCGCUAUUUGCGGGGAAUCUUUUAGAGAAAGACAUCACUUAACGCGUCAUAUGACCGCCCAUCAAGACAGACACGACGAGGACGCUAAGUGAUGCAUUCGACUUAGUUCGUGGAAAUGAUUUCUGUGUAAAUAGCUGUAAUUAAACGUACCCGUUUCAUAGCGUAUACAAGCAUGUACAUCAACAAAAUUUGUUGUGAUUUUUGGAAUCAUUUGUUAAUUGUUGAUCUAUGUACAUAAUCAAAGUUGUUUUAUUUUAAGUUUUCAGGAAGCAAACAGCCAAACGACUAUCACAUAAAAAUAUUACAACUCUUCGAUUAAUGACGUAAUUUCCCUUCGAGACAAGUACUCACUGAUAUUAUAACUGUCAAUUUAAGCCAUAAUUCCAAAGAACUCUCAGGAUUUCUGGUUUUAUUUGCUUAUUACAUUACAUUAGUUGAGUUUCAAGAAGUUGGUAUUGUGCCCCAGAACGAAAUUAAAAUUUUAUCUUUAUUGAACCUCAGCAAUUAGUGGGAUGCAUCGAAAUAAAUCCCCGCCCUUUCUCUGUUUGAUCCUUCAACAGGAUGCUUGCGUAACCUGGUAUGUUCCCAUGAUUAGUGCAAAUUAGUUUUACUGAUAGCUGAGCAAUAUUUUUCAUAAUAAAUUAUUACUCCUGAUACAUAUUUCACCAGGACGAAUGUAUAGCCAAGCAAGCAAAUGAGAGUCAUCUGCGUCAUAAAGCAAUCAGCUUUUGGAUGAGUUUUGCAUCUUAUUUAAAAAAAAUUAAUUUUUAGUUCAUGGAUAAAAUUUUCGCGUCCUUAAAGCGUUGUUAAAAUGCAAAAAGAAAAGAUUAAGUUAGAAUACGAUUGCAAUAAUUUAUGUUCCGUUCCUUUUUUGUUUAGUUUUGAAUCAAUUGUAAGUUAAUAGUUUCGUUCAAUUGUUACCCUAAUAUAGAGAAAUACAAAGAGGUGCAAUAGUACUGCGGGCUACGCAACGACACUUGUAAUAAAUAAACCUUCAGC